GUGUUGUACAAGCCAAGUCUUUGUGCCAUGGUCAACCCGAAAAAAAAAGACUUGCAAGCAAGGUCAAGUAAACAGCAACAAGUAAAGCCUUUUCGUUCCCGCUAUCUCUCUUGUUUUUUUUUCCUUCUUCAUACGCUGGUAUAACGGGCCCCACUUCCUUUUCCUUCUUCUUUACCUUUUGUGCUUGUGACCAAACAACAAGAACAGCGCUCCCUCACUUUCAUUCUCAUACAAACAACUCGCAACAUACAUCUGGGUGGGUUCAUCAUCAUUCCACAAGUCUUUUAAUUCCUCUCCCCACCUCCAUCAAGAAAAGCUCAUGCAAAAAUGUCGACGACGCCUGAGAUGCAAACCGUGAUCCAGGUUCUUCAGCAGAACAUUGAAAGUCUCAGCAACGACAAUCUAGAGCUUCGAGGAAAGCUCGACGAACAGCAAGAGCAGCAACGGGAAUUGAGCAACGACAACAGCUACCUCCAAAAAAAAUUAUCCGCAAUUCAACAAGAAAAUCAGACGCUGAGCAACACUCAGGCUCGACUGGAAACACAGCUCUAUGCACAGGAACAGGACAACACUGACUUACGCAAAGAAAUCCAACAGCUGGCAAAGGCUAGAAAGGAUGCCGAGAAAAAGCUAACUAACGAGCUUGAGGAUUUUGAAAACGACCGAACUCGGUGGCAACAGCGCGAAGCGGAUCUGAUCAAUCAGGUCCGUUCAUUAAACUCAACGCAUGGUGAACCUCGUACCCCGCGCACCCCAAGACGUCGUAGCAUCACUGCCACUACCAUGAACGGAACCAGCAUGAGCCCCUUCACAAACUAUCCACUCGGUGAUAUCGAUGAAUAUGAAGGACGGGAGAAUGGUGCAGCUGCUGAGGGUAAUAAUACCGUGCCUGCCCCGAGCGCUCCCGUCACGGCGCCUAAACUAGCCGCAAUUGAUGCAUCAUAUGCACGAGAGGCCAAGAUUGCUCAGCGCACGAUCAAAGCGCAGGACAAGCUGAUUGCAGACCUGAAAAGCGAGAUUGAGCAGCAGAAAUCGGUUAUCCAAGAACAACGCAGCGAAGUACAGCAGCAAUCGCUCCGUUUGGAGCACCUGGAUCAUGAGAUUGCCAAUGUCAAGCAAGUCAACCGCUCGCUGAUGGAGGAUAAUGAAAGCUACCAAAUCUUGCUACACGAAAAGACCAUCAGUGGCGAGUUUAUGAUGAAUCCAAUCAUGCAGAUUGAGAAAGAUGGAAGCGCGUCGCCUACGAAUGAGCACAAGGGACGAAGUCUGAAGCCGUCCACAAGCACCAGCAGCAACGGAUUGAAUCUGGCUGCCGAAUUGAAUCUUGCUUCGGUUGGCACUCCUGACUGGGAAGCGAGCCAGAAGGCAAAUGAGACGGAUCAAACUGUACUUAAGCUGACAGACGAGAACAAGGUGCUCCAGGAUACAAAUCGUGCUCUUCAGCUAUAUAUGAACAAGAUUCUCAUGAAGAUCAUCAACAACAAGCAGUUGGAGGAUGUGCUAUCCAUUGACCAACCCAAACCACAACCCACUAUUGUAACGUCAACGCAGCAGCAGCAGCCAGCAGCAAAGAACAGCAGAUUGGCUCAACGCGCUGGACAGAAGCAACAACAGCAACAACAGAAGCCGUCGUCGUCGUCGUCGUCGUCAUUAUCGUCAUCGAACAACGCACCUGCGCCGAGCCGGACGCUGUCGAGCAGCUUAUUAGGCAAAUCCGCAACCAGUCGUCAACAACGUCGUCGCACGAUUUCGUACUGGGGUAGCAAUAAGCCCCAAAUCCCAGCUGCAGCAACAGUCGAAAAAGCGAGUUCCGAGGCCGAGUUGACUGUUCCAGCCAAUGCAGCAAAUGACAAGAGCUCCCGUCGACACAGUUCGAUCGCUGGUAAGGAACCCGAGCGACCCCAGGCAGCAGCUACUACCACAAGCAACAGCGGAUGGGCUAAGGCAUUGCGUCGUAUGAGCGGUAUUGGGUGGUCGAGCAAACCAGCUGGGGGUAGUGACAAUGAAGCUACUAUGACACCAGAUGAGCAGGACAGUUUGAAUACCAGCCACAGCAGUACAUCGAGCAGUGGCAGCAGUACGGAUAAAACAUCGUCAGAAUCGGCUCGAAAGCUUCCAAUUGCCGAAGGAUUGAUUGCUGCACCCAGCAUGAGCCGGUCAACCAGCACCAACACGUCGUCAUCGUUACGCCGUAGCAACGAAUUGGCCACUCUUCAGGAAGAGUAAAAAGAAGAAACUUCUUUUUAUAUUUUUAUUUCUCUUUAUCUGUACUUCUUCCCCGUUCUCUCUUUGAACCCAUAUUAUAUCAAUCAGCGGUUCUCUAUGUCUUAUUUUAUCCUCCUUCUUCUUUUUCACCUUCCCAGAACUUAAACUAUUAUUUAUAUAUUUUCUUCUUCUUUUCUUCUCUCUGACAACCAACCUCCAAAUCCCCAUUAUCUUAUAUGCCUGUGUUCAUACCCUCUCCUUUUCUUUUUUCGAAACUACUACUACUACUGUAAACGAUUCUUUUUCGUAUUUCUCUUUUGUUAUAAAACAUUUACAUCAUUUCA